CAAAAUUACGCAACAUUUUAAUUUUCUCUCAAGGCCGUCUGUACUUCACCGAAGAACAAUAAACUUGUGCUAGACAUUUCCCUUCAUCAAACAAUUUCGGGUAGACAGGUUUUACCAAUGCAUGGACAACAUAAUUCAAGAUGAAUUGCAAUUAUUAUAUGAAAUGUUUCCCGGUGAAUUCAAAGUUGACUUUGAUUCAAAUCAAUAUACAGUCACUUUUGUAGUAACUCCUGGAGUAGGAUUUAAUAAUCCUGCAAACAAGUUUAUAAAAUUUAACCUGAACUUGAAUGUUACUUUGAAGUAUCCGAUAGAGUCACCUACAGUCUCUGUAGAAUGUGUUCAUGGUCUGAAAGAAAAGGAUAUUGCAAAAUUAUUAUCCCUUCUAAGAGAUUUAACAAUGGAACGAAAUGGCGAUCCAGUUAUUUUUGAUCUUGUGGAUUUUUGUCGUGAAUUUAUUUCAUCCAACAUCCCAACUGUUGAGUGUGCAAUAUGCUUGAAGUACUUCCAAAAUGAAAGUGAUGUCUAUUGUACAACGAAUUUUCAUUAUUUUCAUACAUACUGUAUUGGUGAGUAUAUGAAUCGUAGACGAGUAGAAUAUGAAGAGGAAAUAAGCGAAUUAAAAACCAAGGGCCCAUACACUGAAUUUCCACCACUUGAAGUACCGUGUCCAUUGUGUCGAGCUGAAUUCCUACCAUUCAGUGAAGUUCUUGUUAAUCUAGUACACUCACAGAAAAAUACAGAAAACAGUGAUAGUUCAAAGUUGGGAUAGAUUUGUUUAGAAAUGUUGACUUAAUAACUUUACUGCAAAUUAUCUGUAUAUUCAUUAUUUCUUUUAUAACAAUUUUUAUUUAAAUACUAGUGAAACGUCUUCAAAAAGCUUGAAAUGUUUAGAAUUUUGUGCUAAAUAUUAAGUACAAUACAGUAAACUUUCAUACUUAUUGUGAUCAUCGUCAGGAUUCCAUUUAUCAUUUUACGUCAGUAUAUUUCAUUGUUACCAUCUCAAUUCGAGACUCGCCGCAAUAGGAGC